AGAUAUCAAAGUAAUCCAGGAAGGGAACAUUGGGCUGCGGUGAAACAUAUACUCAAGUACAUGCGAAGGACUAAGGAGUACAUCUUAGUUUACCGUGCAGACAGUUUGUUUCCGCUGGGUUACAGCGAUUCUGAUUUUCAUUCAGAUAGGGAUGAAAGUAAGUCAACCUCAGGUUAUGUGUUUACCUUGGGAGGUGGAGCCAUUUCAUGGAGGAGUGCUAAGCAGAAGUGCGUAGCAGACUCCACUAUGGAAGCCGAGUACAUCGCAGCCUCUGAGCCAGCGAAAGAGGCAGUUUGGCUCAGAAACUUCUUGGUGGACUUAGAAGUGAUUCCGAGUUUGCCACGUAUUGUUACCGUGUACUGUGAUAACAGUGGUGCAGUAGCAAACUCAAGGGAACCACGAGCCCACAGAGCAAGCAAACACAUAGAGCGCAAAUACCACCUUAUAGAAGAUAUUGUGGCAAGAGGAGAAGUUGAAAUCACCAAGAUUGCAUCAGAAGACAACCUAGCUGAUCCUUUUACGAAGAGUUUGCCGGAGAAGGUCUUAGGCAAACACGUAGAGAGAAUGGGAGUCAAAUGUAUG